CAUCGUACUGUAGCGUGGUUGUGAUAGGUUCAGGUUUUCUAACCUGAAUAUAGUCGUCAACUUUAACGAUUCAUAAUAUUCAUAUCUUGAUUUGCGGGACAAAGUGACGCUUAUUUCUUUUAUUUCGUGCAAAAAUACGUCGAAUAAGGCUAAUUUCAUUGAUUUUUGUGCGGGGUCUGAACAAUUACCGUGCAUUUUUACUGAUUUUUACUAUUAAGAUUUGCAGUGAAGGAGUUAUUCUAAAUAAAUACCAAUUGUGAUUAUUGCUAAUUUUUGUCUCAAAAUCAACAAGGCAGUUAUGGAUACACAAACAGUAAAUACUCGAAGGAAAAUAUUGAGCCAAGUAGUUUCCAGCAUUUUAGUAGAGUGUGGUUAUGAUACGUGUGAGAAACAAGUAUUGGAAACACUCACCGAAAUGUUACAAUCAUUUAUUGUGGAGAUUGGCGCUUCAGGAAGAAAUUAUUGUGAACUUUCUGGGAGAACAGAGCCUCUUAUAGCAGAUGUGAUAUUGGCAUUAAUUAAUAUGGGCAUAAAAUUAGAUAAUAUAGAGACUUAUGCAAAACGACAAAGUAGGACAGUCCUACCGACACUUCAGCAGCAGACGCAAGCAAAACAAUUGAAUAUCUUGCAAGCUGGUGUUAAGCAAGGCCAUCCAUCGCAUAUACCAAAUUAUUUACCAUAUUUUCCUGAUCCACAUGCAUAUAUUAGAACUCCGACACAUAAGCAACCAGUAACUGAAUAUGAAGCAAUCAGAGAAAAGGUAGCAACGCAAAAACGAGAUAUCGAGAGAGCUUUAACAAGGUUUAUUGCAAAAACAGGAGAAACACAUAGUUUAUUUCUCACAGAAGAUAAUAGCAUGUUUCCUUUAAUAUCCUGUAAACCACAAUUUCCAAGUUAUAUCUCUGCUCUUUUACCUCAAGACCAAAUAUUUGAACCAGAUCCAGAGUUUCAGUUUGAUUCAAGUCCUGUGAAAAAGAAGAAAGAGCAACAGACCGAAGAUAGACUUACAGAGGAAGGUAACCAAACACAAAACGAAAAUAUGGAGCAAAAUGGUGAAACUAUUACUCAACAAGAUGUUAUAGAUAAUCCGUAUUUAAGACCUGGAAAAAUUCCUAAAAAUAAAAUGUCAAGUACAACGAUGGGACAGCAUUCUGUUACAAAAGAGCUACUUGAAUGUUAAGUAUCAUGAUGUAAUAUUAAUUACUAUAUAAAAUAAGAUUCGAAAAGUUCACGAUGGUGGUAUUUUUACGAAUUGUAACUGGAAACUCGAACUCUUCUUAUGUAUAGAUCCAUAUUUUAUAUUUAAUUCGUUUUUAUACCUGAAUCAUUAAGUUAGACGAUAAAAAUUAUAUUUUUAUUCUGUAUUUACAUGAAAGUAUUUCGAAAUACAUUCAUCACUGAAAAUAUAUAUUAUAACAUUCUAUGUCGAUUUUUAGAAUUGAUCCACGGCAUAUAUGCGCGCAUGUUAUGUACUCACCUACGUAACAUAUACUAGGAAAUAAUUAUCGUCAUAUUAAAACUCUCCAUCAUAUAGCAAUAUUAAUUAAAGCAUAUGUAGUACAUAUUAAUAUCAUUUGAAAAAUAGUUUGGAAACAUAAUAAAAAGAAUGUGAUUUAAACUAUUAUUGCCAUAGAAUUUACAAAUAGAUUUUUUUAUUAUACAAGAUAAUCCACUUAAACUGAAAAC